AUGGCGUACACUUCAAAGCUUUUGCCUGAUACACUCGAGAAUUUGUCCAGCGACUUGGUCUCUGUGUCUCAGGGAAAAACAUAUACUAUCAUUCUCUGGAACCCAGCCAUUCGCAGAAGUAUCACCCUUCCUAAGCCUACUCAUGUUCAGUUUGGUUCAUACGGCCCUCACAUCUGCCUUGGAUUUGGGUUUGAUCAGAAAACUCAUGAUCAUAAAGUGGUGAGGAUAGCCUAUUUGCAUGACGAUCAUGAAGCUAAUACAGUACUGCCUUCUAAAGUUGAGGUCUAUAGUUUAAGUACUGGUUUGUGGAAAACAGUCAACUCAAAGAUUCAUUGUAAAAUUAUUGAGUAUGUCUAUACUAGUGUCUAUUUAAGUGGGGCUAUUCAUUGGAUUUCCUAUACAGAGAAUGAAGGUGGAGAAUUCACUAAUAGCCUGUUGGUUUUUGACCUAAGUAAAGAGAAAUUUAGUGAAAUAGGUUUGCCUCAAGAGCUAGUUCAUGUUUCUCCUUUUGAUUUGUCUGUACGCUUGUGUGGGGGUCAAAUUUCUAUGAUUUGGUUUAAAAAAGGCUGCGAUUGUGGUGAAUCGUGGGAUCGCUGUGCUGUUUGGGUUAUGAACCAAUAUGGGGAACUGGAGUCAUGGACUAAGAAAUUUGUAGUAGUUCUGGAGGGAGGUAUUUCACACGUUAUUGGGUUCACAGGAAAUGGGGAAUCUCUAGUGAUGGAUUAUAAUGGAGAUCUUUUAUCAUAUAAUCCAGAGAGCAUGGAAUGGAAGGAUCUUGAUAUCCAUGGUGCGUUUUUUUCAUUCUUUUUGAGCAAAUAUGCUGAGAGUUUAGUGUUGCUUGAUGGAAGCAGUGGGGCUACAGUUGAUCCAUCUGAUGCUGAAGUUGUAUGCUGA